CCGCGUGCGGCGUGCGUCUCGCCCUCCCUCAGUCCCUCUCUCUCUCUCUCUCUCUCUCUCUCUCUCUGUCUCUCAUCUCACGGUCAAUCGCCCGGUCGUGGCCCGCCCCCUUCUAGGCUCUAGCUGACAGCGUAACCCUAACGUCGAAUCGUCGGAGCUCGGACGACGGACGGCGCCGAACAGGUGGGCUUCGCUGCGCCUUGGACCCUUGGCCGUUGGCAGCGCAAGACACGAGUCGCGGCGGCGGCACCAGUCAUGCCGCCCGCCCUGUUGGUCCCAACCCGGCCCCACCAGUCCAGUCUCUAGUACUCCUAUAAGAGAAACGGAACGGAAUCACGGAAACCUGUUCUGUUCACCGCAGCGCCGUCUCCCUCGCUAUUGACUAUCGGAUUCCAUCCCUCUCCCCCCGUCGGCGACAAUCCGCCGCCCCCAAUCCGCCUGCUAGGUCCUUGCACCUCCGGCCAUGGCUGCCGAAGCUGGCCCAAUCUCCAAGGUCCUCGUCGUCGUAGCGAUGCAGACGGAGGCGAUGCCGCUCGUCAACAAGUUCAAGCUCGUCGAGGCGCCCGCCCACGAAUCCACUUUUCCUAAAGGUGCCCCAUGGGUUAGGUACCAUGGCAACUACAAAGACCUCCACAUUGACCUUGUAUUGCCUGGAAAGGAUGCUGCUUUUGGAGUCGACAGUGUUGGUACAGUAUCGGUAGCUCUUGUGACUAGUUUUUCCAUUCAAACAUUGAAGCCAGACCUUAUCAUUAAUGCUGGCACUGCUGGUGGCUUCAAGGCCAAAGGAGCAAGCAUUGGAGAUGUAUUCCUAGCAUCAGAUGUUGCAUUCCAUGACAGGAGGAUACCAAUACCUGUCUUUGACAUGUAUGGAAUUGGAGCACGGAAAACUUUUGCAGCUCCUAAUAUCUUGAAGGAACUUAAUUUGAAGGUUGGCAAAUUGUCGACUGGGGAUUCUCUGGAUAUGUCUCCCCAUGAUGAGGAGGUGAUACUGAGCAAUGAUGCUACAGUAAAGGAUAUGGAGGGAGCUGCUGUAGCAUAUGUCGCUGACAUGUUCUCAACACCAGCAAUCUUUCUGAAAGCUGUGACUGAUAUCGUGGAUGGGGAGAAGCCAACGACUGAGGAGUUUCUGCAGAACCUGAUUGCUGUGACAGCGGCACUGGAUCUGGCAGUCACCAAAGUGGUGGAUUUCAUCAGCGGGAAACGCAUCUCUGAUCUUUGAAAGCUCAUGGUCAUGAAAUCCAACACCCCACCCCCCCUGCUCUGAUGCCCGAUUCUAGACUAGGAUACAAUACAACAUGGGGUCAAUGAUUUUUUCGAUGUGUUCCAUAUGUGAGGUUUCACCUUCUUAACCCUGUGUACAAAAUUCCUGGCAAUUGCCAUGGGCCAGCCACUGUGGAAUUUUGGAGAAUAAUUUGCAAAAAAAAUGUACUUUGCGGUGCAAAUAUUGAUAUAUAAUAUGCUGGGGGGAUGGGAUCUCCCGUGGGAUUAGAUGAAA